UUUUUAACACGUGCUGUAAAUUUUAGGAAUAAAAAUUUUCAAUUACUGUUCGUUUUCAAUUUCAAUGUUAAAUUUUAAAAUUUUUAUGAAAUUGACUUAAUUUUAUGGAAUUCGAGUUACUAUAUCUUCAAUGUUUCUAGCAAUGAGACUUUAUUUGGGAGGGCCAUGAAUAUUUGUAAAAGCUAGUUUCCUUUAUAAGGCAUCAUUUAUAAAAAAUAAUUCACAGCGUCAAAGAAACGCAACAUCUUGUAAUCUUACACUGAACUAAAUCCAUUUCAAUACUGUAGAAAAGAAGAUUUCUGUUUCUGUAACAGCAUCUAAAAAGUUACAGAGUUUUGGGCACAGUAGGGAAGUAGCAUGCGAAAAAAAACAGUACAAAAGGGGACCAACUUGUAGAACUACUCAUAAAAGUCAAUUUCCUUUACUAAUAAUGGUUAUAUUUCCGUAUCAUGAUCUUUCACGCCAGCUGCAAUCUUCAAGGCGCCAAAUGGAUUUCAGAUUUGCAAGAUUUAAAAGAAAAAAUAAACAUGAAAAGAUUUGUCUAUGAAUUGGUGCCUUUCUGUGAUUAAGUUUACAAGUACAAAAACUCUUUAGUGCCUUAGCAGGGGUCUGUUUAGAAGAAAUUUGGGUCCGCUAAUGGACCCUUCACAAAAUAAUUUAUCUUUUAAUCAGUCCCUUCACAAACUUGUUUAUCUUCAUUAUUGUUUUGUCAAUCGAAUUAACCCUUCCCGGGGGAGAAGAAGGAAGAAGAAGAAGAAAAAAAACGAAUUUCUGUAUCAUUUAUCAUCCAUAUAUAUGAAGCUGCAAAAUUCCUUGAAUAAAGUAAGCUCUCCUGUUAGUAGAAGUUAUUGCUAUUUAAACAGAAGUACAAUUUUUGCAUUAUCCACUCCCCCUGGGGUAUCUGCUAUUGCUGUUGUAAGAAUAUCUGGACCUCAUGCUUUGAAUGUACUUCUGAAAAUGGGCAAACUGACUGACCCUCCCCCAGCAAGAAAGGCGAUAUUAUGCAAAUUAAGAGAUCCAGAAACUGGUGAACUCUUAGACAAAGCUUUGACGCUUUGGUUUCCUUCUCCGAACAGUUUUACUGGCGAAGAUUCUUGUGAAUUGCAUAUCCAUGGAGGGACUGCAGUAAUUAAAAGUGUGUUAACAGCUCUUUCCAAGCUUCAACAAUUUCGUUUCGCUGAACCGGGUGAAUUUACUAAGAGGGCUUUCCUUGCUGGUAAGUUGGAUCUUACAGAAGUUGAAGCAUUAGCAGAUUUGUUGAAUGCUGAAACUGAAGGACAGCAGAGACAAGCGUUACGGCAGAUGGAAGGUGCAUUAUUUAAAUUGUACAGUGACUGGUCAGGUAGGCUUAAGCAGAUUUUGGCAAGUUUAGAAGCUUAUAUUGAUUUUAGUGAAGAUCAGCACCUUGAUGAUUCAAUUUUCAUUACAGUGAACCAUGAUUUGGCAUCACUAAAAAAGAAAAUAUCCUUACAUUUAACUGAUGAAAGAAGAGGUGAAAAAGUCAGGAAUGGUGUUAAUGUUGUAUUGAUUGGGAAACCAAAUGUUGGAAAAAGUAGUCUCAUGAAUAAUCUGUGUAAGAGAGAUAUUGCCAUAGUAUCAUCUCAUGCUGGAACCACUCGAGACAUAAUUGAAUCAUCACUUAAUCUUGGAGGUUAUUUAGUUAGCUUAUGUGAUACAGCAGGCAUUAGGGAAACAUGCAACUCAGUCGAAGAAGAAGGUGUUCGAAGAGCAAAAGAUAGAUCUUCUAAGGCUGAUUUAUUACUUUUCAUCAUAGAAGCAGAGAGAGCAGUCACUCUUUAUAAAUCAUAUUCUGGAAUUGAGAAAGAUUUUAAAAAUUAUCUACUAACUGAAGAUCUUGGUAUUGACUUCGUGAAAGAAAAUUAUUUAGAUGGGUUAUCAGAUAACAAAAGCUGUCCCAGUGUUUUUAUAUUACUAAAUAAAAGAGAUCUGUUAAAACCUGAUGACUUACAAGUAAUUUCAGAAAUUGAAGAAUCUGUUCCUUUAGCUUGUUCAAUAUCUUGUACUGAUGGGAAUGGAAUGGAGACAUUUGUGACACUUUUUUCUAACAGCAUAAAAGAAAUAUGUUGCAGUCAUUCAGGAGAAGAACCAGCCAUAACACAACAACGUCACAGACAUCAUUUAGAAAAGUGCCUUCAGUAUAUAAUUGAAUAUGAAAAUGCUAUAGAAAUGGACAUAGCUAUAGCAGCUGACUAUUUAAGAAAUGCUAUGAAUGAAUUAGGUAAAAUAACUGGACGAGUUAGAGUUGAAGAUAUUUUAGAUAUUGUCUUUCAGAGGUUUUGUAUCGGUAAAUAAAACUAUAGAUUUUUUAUUCAAUUUUAAAAACUGCACUAGUAGCAAACUAUAUUGUUUAUAAUUCAACUUUUAAAUACCACCCAGAAAUUUUUAUUAUAAAAUAAUUUUUGUAGUGUUCAU